AUGUCACCAUCCGACGAUGCGCCGACGAGCCGCCACCUCCUGCUCCCACUCGAAGCCCCACGGUAUGAAUAUUGGCGACCCGGAUGGACAGAAGCACCCCAUGUCUCUGCUCAAGCUGUAGAUGCUCUCCGCUACGCCGGCAGGCGCAGUGCGAGCAUAUCCGUGCCAGACGGGUAUCUCCUUCCUGAUAGCGACACCGCGCCACAAGGUCCGAAAGGCCUCUCAGGCUCAGAUGGCACCAGGGGAGCAGCCCUUACGGUCGACACCGACGCCACUCGUCAUACUGGUGACGGGUCCGAUUCCGAUUCCGAGGAUGGCAGCGCCGGCGCACAGGGUAGCGGCAGCCGCAGGACACACGCAUGGAGGAAGGGAGACACACCGCAUGUGGCGGCCCUAUUAGGAAAAGAGCGGGAGGUUGAUCGCCCCGCACCAGCGGCACCUUCCGUCGCAAGGGAUCCAUACUUUGAUAUGGUGGCAGACGUUAGGGCCGAGACACGCAAUUCAGUAGGCAAGCAUCUUUAUACCGUGAAAACGACGCUAGACCGCAGAAGACAUUACCAUCAUGUCUCCCAGUCGUACCACCUGUCGAUUGAUACAGGAGAACCAGAUACAUGGCUAUAUGCUUACGGAUUCCAGAAAAUCAUAGAAGACGGCGAGGGUACUUACGCGUGGUCCCGGGUCGAGGCAGAAAACGGCCACAUACACAUGAACCGUUUCGUCGUUCCCAUCCCGAGCGACGGCCUUUCUUGGGAGCUCCCGGGCCCCUUUCCCACAGAGCACGCCCCGUCGCCUCCGCUGGAAUGGACGACAAGGCACGCCGACGGUGGACUGGCUUACCUCCGCUACGUGCCGCAUGGCAUCCUCCAAACGGAACUGCCACGCUGGCAUUGGAAGGAUCGGCAGCAGAGCUCGACGCCGCUGAGGAUCCCCUGUGUCCUCGCAUACGCUGCCAAUCGCAGGCUCGCCAUGCAGGUUCGCGCUGGGCACAUCGGAUUGGCUGUACCUAGUGCGGGGAACUUUACAGGGGACCCUUCCGUUUCUAAACCGUCAUUCUUCGAUGCCCUCGAAUCAUCACCUGAUCUACAGCUCGACGAGGAAGCUGAGAGCAGCAUUCAGCCCCGCAAGUUCCUGAUCAAACUGAACCACCCAGACGUCGAGGAGGAAUGUUUGAGGGGCAAAGCCCCGAGCCUGGUGUAUUUUGGAAGCGCGUUCCCGUGCAUACUGCAACCGCAGUUCACACCUAAGCUCUUCGUCUACGGCCGGGUCGACGUCGACGUUUCAAGCCCAUUGAAGUACGAGCAUUGGCGGCUCGGGCUGAGCUCCAUCAGUCUCGUUGACGCGGACGCGCCGGACGACAUUCUCACAAUCGACCUCGCGAAUCGCGCUGUCGAGCCGUCCAAUGACGGCGACACUGAUCCCUCAGCUGAUAAGACGGCUCGCGACUACGUACAGGUUAUACUCGACACAGGCUCGACGCACAGCGUCCUUCCCCGGCGCGCUGUGCAGACAAUCUCCACCAUAUGGCUACGAAACAAGGAAGAGCUGAAGGAUGGCGGGACCGUCCACGCUUAUUGUGGCCCCGAACGCGACUUGGACAAGUGCGACAUCGUGUUCACGUUCAGAGGGCUGGAUGGUGCCCCAGUGAAAUUUCAAUGCGCUGCGAAGCCGUUCCUCCAGUCGCCCUGGGCGUUGAAGACCGCCAGCGACGCUGCGGGUGAGACGCCUAGACACUACUACAGCAACAUCCGAGCGCACGUCCCGGGCGAACCCGAGGAGGAAGAGAGUUGCGACGUGCCCUUCGUCUUUGGCACGAGCUUCUAUUGGGCGGCAUUUGUCGAGCAUUGCGGGCCCGUCCGGGCCAAGGACACCUCCGAAAUUCACGAGCCGUACGUUUGCCUGGCCGCUCAAAGGGCGACCAUGCCGGAUGGAAGCAUAGGCUACGCGAAAGACUUUCACGUACCUCCGGAUCCACCACCCAAGUCCUCCGAACAGCCUGCGAAGCAUGAGUGGCCAGCCUCAACGACAUAA